CGACAGUUCCCCCAAAUCUAAGAUUAUUUGGUGGUACUGUCAUUGGCUUCCAUCAUCAUGGCUGCCGCCAUUGUCUCCCAAGUCCUGAGCCAGCUGGGUUCCAUCGUCACUGAAGAGCUCAAGCAACGUGGCAGGCUUGUCCUUGGCGCAGAGAAAGAUGUGGAGAAGCUCACUUCUACUUUCACCGCCAUUGAAGCUCUGCUGCUGGAUGCAGAAGAGAGGCAACUGAAGAGUGCAAGCAUCGAAAACUGGUUGAAGAAGCUCAAGGACGUGUCCUAUGAGAUCGACGACAUGCUGGACGAGUGGAGAACCGAGAUCCUCAAGCAACGACUCGAGGGAGACGAUGAUGUUGUAGGCGGCUGCUUGGAGUUGAAGCUGCUUCAGAUCUCCGAUGUUCUGAAACGAGUAUGCCCUUUUCUCCCUGUUUAUUGUUUCUCCACUCACGAAAUUGGUCUUCGUUAUGAUAUUGCCUCGAGGAUAAAAAGUUUGAAUGAACGUCUGGAUGAUAUAGAUAAGGAGAAAAUUUUGCACAAUUUUACUCCCAAGCAAACGGCUUCGUUCUCAAGUUUGCCAACUAGUUCCGUUAUCGAUUUCUCUGACUUGAAAGUUAGACAAGGAGAGUUUGAAAUAUUGCGAGGCAAGUUAUUGGAUGAUGGAGGUGAUCAUCCGAGUGUGAGAAGUAUCUCUAUCCAAGGCCUUGGUGGGUUUGGGAAGACCACAUUGGCCAAAAUGCUAUACAAUGAUAAGAAAGUAGAAGAUCAUUUCAGCAAAAGGAUAUGGGUUUGUGUGUCUGCUAAUUUUGUUCAAGAAACAUUUGCUAAAGCCAUACUUGAAUCUUUCAAGCAAUUUAUUCCAAAAGACAGUUCAUUAUCAUACAUGUUGGAACAUAUCAACACACUUGCAAAGGACGAGAAGUUUCUUCUAGUUCUUGAUGAUGUGUGGGAAGAUAGUAGAAGCAAGUGGGAAGAACUGAUAAGUUCUGUUUCUCAUGGAUUACCUGGAAGCAAAAUCUUGGUGACUACACGGAAAGAGGAUGUUUCUCACGUGUUUUGUCGGAUCAACAAAGAUAUUUUUCCUUUACAAAAGAUAUCAGAUGGUGAAUGUCGGACUAUUUUCACACAAAUUGCAUUUUAUGGAUGGAGCGAUGAGGAGAGAGAAUGUAUAGAAGAUCUCUGUGAGAGAGUAGUGGAAAAGUGUUCUGGUUCACCGCUUGCCGCAAAAGUUUUGGGAGGGUUACUACAUGUGAAAAAAUCUAAAAAGGACUGGAUUAAGCUUCUGGGAAGUGAAAUGUGGCAAAUAGAGAAAGGCAGAGACGAAGUUCUUGCUCCUCUAGCUUUGAGUUACUAUGAUUUGCCUUCGGCGGUUAGACAGUGCUUUCAGUUUUGUUCUGUAUUUCCGCAGGAUUCCGUAAUGAUGAAGGAGGAACUGAUUAAAUUGUGGAUGUCACAAGGUUUUCUGAAAGCAACAAUGAACCAAGAUAUGGAGGAGGUCGGGGAAGAGUACUUUCAAAUAUUAGUUAUGCGCUCAUUCUUCCAAGAUGUGGAAAAGAAGUUACAGUUUGUUGAUGAGAAAACAUUUUGCAAGAUGCAUGAUUUGGUUCAUGAUUUUGCCCGGCUCACAACCAAGAACGAAUGCAUCAGUAUCCUGGAGCAAGACAGCUCACUACUCUUGAUCAUCAAUGAGGUUCGUCAUUUGAUGGUAAAAGGCUUGAGUAGCGAGGACACCAACAAACUCAUUUCCUCCAUCGUUUGUUCACGCCUCUCUUCAACAAAGCGCAAUCAUUAUCUGCGCAGUUUCAUAGUGAGAAACAGAAGUGCUAUUGAACCUCAUGUGUAUGCUUAUUUGCGAGGCAUAAGAUCGUUAAUCCUCAAAUUUUGUGACUUGAGAGAAAUACCAUCGACAAUCGCCCAACUAAUUCAUUUGAGAUAUUUGGAUUUGUCCGAUAACGAUAAGCUGAUGGAGUUGCCGGAAGAAAUAUGCGAGUUGUGUAAUCUGGAGACUCUCCUCAUCAAUCUCAACGGGAAGUUGAACAAACUCCCCAGUGGAAUGGGGAACAAGCUGGUCAACUUGAAGCAUCUUGAAAAUUACAUGGUGCCAGCGGUGCUCCCAAAAUCAAUGGCCAGGUUAGGUAAUUCGCUAAAGACAUUAACCACAUUUAAUGUGGCUUACGACGACAAGGCUGAUGCGGAGGGAGCUCGAGCCACUAAUAUUGGGGAUCUGGAGUGCAUGAACCGAAUUCAGGGAGCCCUUAGAAUAGCAGGGUUAAGUAAAGUAACAAACUGUGAGGAGGUGAAGCGUGCAGAGCUCGCCAAAAAAGAAUUUCUGAUUCAUUUAUGUCUUGAAUUCGACUCCGACGAAGAAGAAGAAGAAGCCGACCACAAGGAUGAACAAGUGCUGGAAGCCAUAAUACCAUCAUCCAGAAACUUGGAACAACUGCGUGUACUGAAUUACAGGGGAGGAAGCAUAUUCCCUAGCUGGUUAAUGUCACUCUCCAACUUAAUGUUCCUGGAAUUCAAUGGGUGCCACGAGGUGGAGCAUCUGCCAGCUUUCGGCACCCUGCCAUCCCUCGAAGAGCUUCAAUUGUCCUGCAUGGAUAAAGUGAAGGAGGUUGGCCUUGAGUUCUUUUUGGGAACUAGUACUGUGAUACAGCAGCAGGGGAUGACGAGUAACAACAAAAGUCGUGAUAUUAUUAUUGCAUUCCCCAAGCUCACGCGGCUUGUUUUUUGGACGAUGAAGAACUGGAAAGUGUGGGAUUUAGAGUGUCAUGAGAAGGAAGGGAUGGACAGCUCGACGACGGUCAUGCCCCGCCUGCGUUUCUUGCAGUUGAUAGACUGCGCGAAGCUUGAGAAAGUGCCGGAUGUGCUUCUCAGGAAAACCACUCUGAAGCAGCUGGUCAUCUACGAUAGUGGCGGGCUGGGGAGCUACAGGUUCGACCCUCAGGAUCCGAAAAUGAUGCCGAAUGACGCGUGGGACAAAAUCUCUCACAUCCCCACCAUUAUCCUCGAUGGAGAUGACAUCCGAACAACAUUCAAAAGCGAGAUUGAUUCCAUGUCGGGAUUCGGCUGCUCUUACAGCAAAGAGGAGUAAAAGAAGCAGGAGAUGAUGUUAGCUCUCUGCCAAGACGAAGAAAAGCGGUAAUUAGAGUUGGUUCCCUGCUCCUGGCUGCGUGUCUCUCCUUUUUCAGCGAGUGAUAAUGUUGUAUCAUUGUAUGAAUGUUUGUGUGUUUGUUUGUUUGUUUGUGGGUUAUUGUGCUCCUCAGAGCAUCAUUAGAGCUGCCCAUUUUGUCCCAUAACAAACUCUCUUUCUUUACUACCGUAUGUAUUGUUGUUAAGCGUUUGGUCAAUUUCUUUUUUUCUAUUUUUUUUUUUGCCUUCUUGGUUUAUCUUGGGAGGGAAAACAGGAAAUACUGAGCCUUUGUGCCUGUAUUGCUCAUAAAAUGAUAAAUGCAAGCCUGCGUGCAUGUUUUCAGAACAGGAAUCAUCAUCUGUUGAAAUUUGAUAGCAGCAGCCAGUAAUGUGAAUGUAUGUUAUUUAUUAUUAUCGAAGUCUGUAUUUGCCAAAAUUUAGCAACAUAUUAUAUUAAUUAAUUAAUAUAUAAAAGUCUAGCUUUGGUGCUACUAUCACUACGGGAAAAGUGACUUUACGCAACACUCGUCAUGCAACAUUUUUUAGAAGUGUCACAUAAACUAAAUAUAUGCAACACUUUCAUUAUGUGUUGCCUUAUAUAUAUGUUAGGCAACACAAAUUAGUAGCCGCCAAAAUUGUGUUGCAUAUCCCUAAUAAAAUGCAACAUCUUUAUAAGAAAACAGAUUGUGUUACCUAUUCUUACAUUUUUUACAACAUUUAAUUAAAAAUGUUACAAUUAUACUAAUUUGACAUUUCUUAUAUACUAAUAUUAUUUAAUUUGUAUUGAAAACUAAUUAGUGUUUGCUAUGAUUAUAAGAAGAAAAAGAGGAAAGAUUUCCAAAAGAACCGAGCUUAGUUUUUACCAAGUUAGACAAAUCAUAUCAUCACUAAUGUAUACUAUAUACUUUGUACAAUGUACAGUUGCAAUAUAUAUUGUAUCAUAGAUGACAUAACUCCAACACAAAAAAAUAUGUUCGUGACAAAAACACCAUAACCAAAAUAUAAUGUAUGUGACAGGAGAAGUUUGGCACAUGUGUUGUUGACCCUGCAACAAUAAUUUUGGCACAAAAUUUUGAUAUUAUAACACAUUUCGUUCACAAAAAUUUAAAUGUAUAACAAAGUCUUAACACAAAAUUACACUUUUUUUACAAAAUCACAAAAUUGCUUGUGAUCCAAAUUGCUUAGUCGCCUUAAGUUAAGUAAACAUACCGUAGUUAAAUAAGUUUUCCACCCAAGUAUAUCUAAAAUGUAAAAACCCAUUCUUUCAGAAAAAAAAGUAAAAACCAUUGGUUGAUUACGUUGUCAACUAAAAGGUAUAUAUUAAAGAUAAGUACAAAAUCUGUGUUAGUUCAUAGUAGUUACACAAACAAAUAAUAUUAAUUUUUUUAGAGAAGUAAUAAAACUAUUUAAAAUUGCAUAAUUAAUCGAUAGGGAAGGGAAUUGAAUGACUCCUAUGCGGAUAUACUUACACAGGGAAAUUAAUUAAGUAAUUAAUCCCUGAUUUUUCUAGUAAAUAUUCUGUUUCCAUAUCAAAUCACAACCUUCCUACGUUUUCAACUAGAUAAAACCCUUUUUCCCUAAAAAAAAAAAAAACUAGAUAAGACCCUUUUUAACUUAAUCGGUUUUCUCCCACCAUCUCUGCCCAAGUUCUCCUCUUUUUUCAUACUUCCCAGCAAAUCUGCGAAGGCUCAAUAUAGAAGCAACUAGUCUCAUUGACCACUCACGUUCUUCGUCAUUGCACGUCAGAUGCUGCUUCUCGAACGUACAUUACUCCUCUGCCUGCUAUGUAUUUCUCCUUUUGCUCAAUAUUUAUUUUUGUCCAAUCGAAAUCUCCAGUUUUGGAGAGAAACUAAGGAACAACAAUGAUCAUCUUUGAUUUUCCUUGUUAACUGAUUACUUGUUCAUUGCAAUUUUCUAUUUGGGGCUCUGCCAUAAUUGUGCUUUACAGGUUUCAAGUAAUUCUAGUGAGCUCCCCUUCUCAAGAUUCUAACUAAGGAGUUAAGGAGGGGUUGUGGGUAGAAUUUCAUCAAGAGAUUCUCGCAAAUUAAGUUGAGUAGCCAGGAGAGACUGGAUGGAAUCAAGAGCUGGUCUCCAAGUAAAGUUUUGAGGAAGAAAAGUGUUGCUUAGACAAGAGUUAUAGAAGUUUUUCAUACGAUCUGAACAACUAGAUUCUCAUUAGUCUCUUAGUUCAUAUUGCAAAUAGAUACUAGAUUCGUCAAUGUAAUUUUCUUUUAUUCAUUUUUAUAAGUAUAAAUUCUUUUAUUAAAAUCCAUUGCAUUAUGUUUAAUAUAUAUUUGUGUCAACAAUAUUUGUCAUCAAGAACAUAUAUGUGGCAAUGGUAUUGUCACGAAAAGUAAGCAGUUGUGAUUUCACCUCGUCACCAAAAGUCCCAAAGAUAUAAUCACCAAUCACCAAUUUUUCGGUUUUUGCUACCAUGCACAGUUGCACAAUUGGUCAUUCAUGGCAAAAAAGUUCGUCACAAAAGUGGGAUUUCGUGAUGAAUGUAACCAUAACAAAAAAGGUAUAAUGUAACAAUAAAAAGUUUGUCACUAAUGUUGUUGCAACUAUAACAAUAGUUAUGUCACAAGAACCUCAUUUUGUGACAAAAGUACGGUCGGAAAGAUGAAUUAUUUGUGACAACGUAAACCGGUGAUGGUUGAAAUACAUAUGAAGACGACAAAAACUCGUCACAAGUGUAAAGCAUUUGUUACAAGCGAUAGUUGUCAUAGUUGAGUAUGUCAUAUGUGACAACAAAACUCGUUAGGAAUAAAGCAUAUAUAUGUUGGUUAUUCAUGUAAAAAAGUGUUGCAUUAAUUUUUUGAGAUGUUGCCUAAAAUUGUGUUGCAUAUAGAGUAUAAAUAUGCAACACAUUU